AAGACUUAGAAAAGAAUAUCUUGAGCCACAAGCAGCUUGUGAACACGUGGGUGUCUGAGGAGCCUGGGCAUGCAAAACCAAAGGAUUUGCCAUAUGAGUUGGAAUCUGCGGCGAGUGAACGCACACAUUCUGCUAGAGUGUUAACAGUUGAUAUCUAUCUAAGAAAAACAGACGAACUCCUUAAUGAACCUGUGACUGUUAUAUCAGAAGAGAAUUGCAGUGACUCGGACACAAUGGAUAAAAAAUCUGCUAAUAAAAGAUCUGGGAAAAGGAGAAAAUCUCAGUCAUCUAGUGACAUUCCAAAUGGAGAGAGAAACCAGACUGAAACUGCUGCAAGAGAAGAAUCUGUUUUUGAGGACGAUGCUUCUGAAGUGUUUUCAGACAAGGUAGUAAAUUUAGAAAGAAAAGCAAAGUCUCCUCAACAGACUCCUGAAAGGAAUCUCUCUUCCUCGGGUAACAAUCAGGACCUAAAAGUUGGAUCUGCUCACAAAGGGGCAUCUAAAACCGAAGCUGACAAAGGCAAGCAGCAGACCUCAAACACAACCCCUGCAAGGAGAAGAUCAUAUAAAAAGAAUCAGUCGGACCCUGUCCCCAUUUCCCCUACUGGUUUGAAGGGUCAGGUAAAAGAUUACUCCACAAAAAGGCAACCUUUAGCAUCACCAGAGAGUAACCCAAUGACAAAAAGAACUUCGAUGGAAAAGGGAGCUAUACCUGUGGCUUUUGGGGAAGACAGCUUGGAGUCUUCCAAAGCUUCUUUGGCUGAUAAGACAGAAGACACUGCUUUGGUGUUUACUGAAAGCAGAAAUGAGACCAAGGCAGUAAAGCAUGGUAAUGGUUCGGAUGGAAGAGCUUUCUUGUGUACUGAUGGGAUUAAAAAUGGAGACCUGUGUAUCUCAGCUGAGAGACAGAUGAAUUCUGACUUGGACAGCUCAAAGCUGAAGAGUUUGGAUGCUUCCAGAACAGUCACAACAAAGAUUAGCCUUCCAGCCAAACCGAAGAAUGUAGAGCUGAAUUUUAAAGCAUCUACGAAUCAAGACAGUUUAGAAAGUGAGCAGGAUACUCUUGAAAAACCAGUUAAUAAAACUAACAGCAACAUCGCCAACAAAAUUUCCUUGUUUGAAAAUAAAUGUGCUAACCAGACCCAGAGGCCUGCUGACAUCCCUGCUUCAAAAAAUAGCACUGUACCAAGCACGUUUGUUGGCAGAGCAAAGCUGAAAUUUGGAAAACAACCUAAGGAAAGUGAACAGCCUGAUAAAACAUUAAAUAAGCAAAGCAGUCGCCAGAAGUUGUUUGAGAAUGGCACGGCAGAGAAAGAAAGCACUGCAGAAGUAAAAGGCAAAAAUGAAGAAAGCUCUGCCUUUUGUGAGGACAUUGGGAAGACAACAGAACUUAAAGUAAAGGCGGCUAUAUCCCUUUUUAACCAAAGCAGCAAAAUUGAUGCUAGUAGUGUCUCUCUGAAGCAACCCGAUCCAGAGCUAACCACAGCUAAAAAAGAAAGUUUGCCUUUAAAACUGUCUUUCUCCUCACCCAGCAAAAGUGAAAAUGCUCAAGAUACUUCCUACCAAAGAAAUAACACGAGCUCAGAAUUCCACAGAAAUGAAGAAAAGGUGCUGCCAAACACAGAGGUUUUAUCACCUAGUAGUGAAGGUAAAUAUUCUCUACCAUCUCAUCAGGUUUCUAGAUCAGAAUUUAAGAAGAUGGAAAAUGGAGAUAAAAAGGCAAAGCUGGGAGAUCUGAGCUUUGCAGCACUACCGAGUGAUGACAGCAGUCAGGACAGUACAUUGCUAUCAGAGCACAACAUCAAUACACAAAAGAGCCCAGGCAAAACCUGUAAUGGGUCUGCUGAAGACGACAGCGUUUUUGAUUCCCCGACAGACAUGAAGAAGUUUGCUGAAACAAUAAAAAACUUGGACAGCUCAGUUUGUUUACCCCAGAAAAAGAAGAGGUCAAAGCUUCCCAAGUCCCCAGCACCCCACUUUGCAAUGCCUCCCAUUCAUGAAGACAACUUAGAGAAAGUAUUUGACCCUAGCGUAUUUACUUUUGGUUUGGGACUGAGGAGGGAGAAAACACAGGAUCUGUUACCAGCCCAACAAAUUAAAAUGCAAAGCCUGGAAACAAUAGCCAGAGUCAGGCCCAAGCGUGCAUCAACAGAGCAAAGCAUCAUAUUCAAAGCCCUGCAGUCAUGUAAUAGAGAGGAACCUGCCUUUACUCAGGAAAUAAAUGGAAAAGAGAAUGUUGAUGGUACAGAUGGUGAAAUUAAGAGAUCCCGGCUUGAAAAAAGCUCCCUCUUCUCAAGCUUGCUGUCUUCUACAUCUAAAGAAAAGUUUUUUAAUCCUUCUGUCACCUCAGUAAAUAAUGCUGCAGCAGGUUUCCCAGCUGACUCCUCAGGGAUGCCUCCUUUACAACAGGAUGCUUCUGGGCCAUUCGGCAUGCCUCAAAAAUCGGAGUCUUUUUCAGAUAUGAAGUUUCCAAGUUUUGUGGAGAAGUACAUGCAAGCAGAUAGUGCAAAAAAAGAACUAAGUUUACAAAUGCCCAACUAUGGGAACCCUGAGAAAAGUUUUUCCAGCUGGUUAGGGACAAGCAGAUAUGAAUCCAAUGUCCCCAGUGGUUUAUUAGAUGUGGAUGCACUUUCAAGAAAUGGACAAAGUAAAAUCAAUCCCAGACCUGGCAAGCUGAUGAUAUACUGUGAAUCAGACUAUCAAAAAAAUGCUAUUGAAGUUUUCCAUGAUGUUCCAGAUUGCAGUUCUUGGGUUCUAUCGCCAACAAUUUUAGUUAAAGUCAUCAGAGGAUGCUGGAUACUCUAUGAGAAACCAAAUUUUGAAGGCCCCUCUAUUCCAUUGGAAGAAGGAGAGCUGGAAUUCCCAGAUAUUUGGGGUGCAGGUACUUCUGAAGAGCAAAAUGAAUCCAAAUCUCUAAAGCCUACAGUGAUUGGUUCAAUAAGACAUGUUGUUAAGGAUUACAGGGUUUGCCGAAUUGAUUUGUAUACGGAACCUGAAGGCUUAGGAAUCGUGACUUCCUUUUUCGACGACACGGAAGAAACAGGGGUGUUCGGCACCACUCAGAAGACUUGUUCUAUCAAAGUACACUGGGGCAUAUGGCUGAUUUAUGAAGAACCUGGUUUCCAGGGAGUUCCUUUAAUGUUGGAGCCCGGUGAAUAUCCUAAUUUAGCAUUUUGGGAGAAGAAGGAAGCCUACAUUAGGUCUAUGAGGCCCUUGAAAAUGGGUGGUCGCAAAGUUGAAUUCAGUGGGGAGCCGAAGGUAAUCAUUUAUGAGAAGCCUUUCUUUGAAGGGAAGCAUGUGGAAAUAGAAUCAGAGAUCUUUACGCUUGAUGACAAGGAAGCAGGAGAAAAGACAAGACUUCCAUUUACAUCAGUGGGAUCCAUGAAAGUACUGGGAGGAAUUUGGGUCGCUUAUGAGAAGCCUGGGUUUGAAGGCCAUCAGUACUUGCUGGAAGAAGGAGCUUAUCGGGACUGGACGGACUGGGGCGGCUACGAUGAAGAGUUGCAAUCACUGCGACCCAUCGUUGGUGACUUCACCAGCUCCCAUAUGAUAAUGUACAGUGAAAAAGACUUUGGAUCAAAGGGUUCCAAUAUUAACGUGUUAGGAAUUAUUUCCAAUUUGAAAGACACUGGAUACGGGCUGAGGACGCAGUCUAUAAAUGUGCUAAGUGGCGUGUGGGUGGCUUAUGAGAAUCCUGAGUUUACAGGGGAGCAGUAUAUACUGGCUAAAGGGCUAUAUCCCAGCAUUGAGGCAUGGGGGGGCAAGAAUUGCAAAAUCUCUUCAGUUCAACCCAUCGUUAUGGAUAUUGUUGGAAGUGAAAGGGGUAAAGUCAAGGUCCAGUUAUUUUCAGAGCCUGAAUUCAAGGGUAACUGCCAAAUAUUUGAAGAAAACACAAGAUGUAUUGAUUCAUUUGCUGUGAAGUCUUCAAAAAUUUUAGAUGGCAGCUGCGUGGUGUAUGACGAGGAAGAAUUCUCCGGUAACCAGUAUGUGCUAGAAGAAGGAAUCUAUCCUGAUCUGACAGCAAUGGGUUGUUCACCCCAAGCAGUUCUAAAAUCUUUACGGAUUAUAAAUAUUGAGCUGUCUGAGCCGUGCAUAGCUCUUUUUGAAAAGGUGGGUUUCCAAGGAAAGAAAAUUGAAUUCAGUACAGAAAUCUUAAAUCUCCGGUUCCUGGGAUACAAUCCUCGAAUAGCUUCAGUUCAAGUCCUUGGUGGCGUAUGGAUAAUUUACGAGCAUAGUAAUUACAGGGGGCGUCAGAUGUUGUUAUCACCAAAUGAAAUUCCAGAUUGGUAUAAAACGAGUGGCUACUGUCAGAUAGGUUCUCUGAGACCUUUACUGCAGAAACGUGUGUACUUCAGGCUUCGGAACAAGGAAACGGGAAAAUUCAUGUCAGCUGAUGGCAACUUAGACAAUCUGAAUCUCCUCAGAAUACAGGCUGCAGAAGAUACAGAGUCAGAAGAUCAAAUCUGGGUUUAUCAGGAGGGAUUCAUAAAGUGCCGGAUGGCAGAGGAUUGCUGCUUGACAAUCGUUGGGAAUCUUAUAACUCCUGGCUCUAAGCUCGGCCUGUCAUUUGAGCGGAAUGAAGACAAGCAGUAUUGGCAUAUUAGUCCCGAUGGCAGGAUUUAUAGCAAGAUGAAACCCAAGCUGGUUUUAGAUAUCAAAGGGGGCGCGCAGUACGAUCGUGACCACGUUGUGGUCAACACAGUCAACGAAGAAAAGUUAUCUCAGUGCUGGGAGCCGCUCGUGGUGUGAGCCCCACCACGGGAGGGCGGUGUCUGAAUUGGCCACUGGACGUGAGGAUCGGCACUGCCAUCUCUGAAGGACACAGGAGCAACAAUGAGAGUUCUGUCUCUUCUUUGCAAUUUUAAAAAGAACAAGCAACAGAAUGAUUUCACCUCUCUAUUGAAGAUUGUUAUCCCUAUAAAAGCUUGAGUAUCUCUCAACUUUUUUUUUUGUUUUGUUUUGUUUUUAAAAUCAUCACAACCCAGUAUGAGAUGAUAGAGUGGUAGUUAUGCCUCGGGCCAGAGUAGAAGACCUAAAGGUGGGAGAGACCCCAUGGAGUUACAGUUGUGUCAGUGAGUAGUUAAUCCAGAAUAGUCAAUAAGCAUAAUUUUAAAUUAUUUUUAAAAGUGGUUUGGUUUUUUUAACUGAAAGAAGGGGUAAAAAAUAAUUAAAGCUUAUUUUGUAAAGGACAGGAGUGCAAUGUGUAUGUUGGUAGAGCAACUUGGACCUUCGGGCUGUAGUAUAGAGAAAUAUUCACUGCUAAAAAUUAAUAUAUUUGUUUCACUGGAACAAAGUUAUGUUUACUGGAAGUUUUAAAGACUGCUAGCACACAGCACAUCCAAAGAAUUUUUAACAUGUGCCUUCAACUAUAGUUAGUAUGCUAAUAUAGUGAGUCCUAAAAUACAAAAUUCUAGAUUUUCUCCAUGUAGAGAGACAAUGUAAAUUAGUAGAUGUUUUGUUAGAAAAAGAGAGGAGUGGCAAAAGGAUGCAUCGGAAUGUGAAGAACUUGCCCGUUUUCUAGGCUGCCCAACUUUUUGAGUUAGGGGUAUUUUACUUCUUUGCCAAAUCAAAUUAUUAUUUUUUUUUGUAGAACAAUUACAGUAAGUACAGUCUUCCUGAACCCCAAAAUCACGUAGAAAACAAUUCUUAGGGAAAGUAUCACUCUGCAUGAGUGCAAAAGCACCUCAGCACCACGGUGUGGCUCCGGUGGCUGCUGGGCCAUGUCACACUGCCACCCUGGGUACCUGCAGUGAUGCCCGUUCAAAGUCAGCAUUACUCCCUUAGUAAAGACCUUGCAACACUGAUGAUUCCAGAAAGUUCUUGUGCUUUCCCUGCUCUUAAUCUGGUCUUGCUAGUUUUCCUUAAUAAUGUUGGCAAAAAGGUAAAAUACAAACAAAGUCUUGUACUAUGCUGCUGUGUUUUGUUCUGGCUUAGACCAGUGUUAUUACAAGCUGCUCCUAGGAGUAUCCAGGCCUUUGUCUUGCACAGUAAGUCUGUUUAAAAUUAACAUUUUCAUUGCUAUUGUAUUGCCUCAAAGGCUACUGGUGCUUUUAUUGUUACCACCCUAAAGGAAGUGCCUUACUAGUUUUCCUCCUUUUGUACAGACGUACUGAAGUUUUGUUGCUCUGAAAAGUGCUGCUUUUAGUUCUUCAUAGAAAAUGUUGUUAUUGAUUCCAAACAGUGGUACUUUGUCAUAUUGAUGUGCUCUUGCUAUAUAUAUAAUAUAGCAUUUUACGAAUAAAUCUAAGUUAGCUAACUU